UGUAGCAGGUGACACGGAAUGAUGAUGUCAUUUAUUUUUUCUUGAGCGUACAGGAUGACGCCAAUUAGGGGUUACACCAAACAGUUCGUCCUUGUCGUCAUGCAAUGCCGACCCUUGCGGGUAUUUGCUGCGAGAGGCUCCAUCUUGGAGCGGUCCGCAUUGACAAGAUUCCACGCCCGCUCCUCAAUUGAACAACUACAUGUCAACAACGCUAACGUCCUUCGUCAUCACUACAUCAUCGAUUCACCGUAUAUAAAGUCCCAGAAACGCACUAUCUCUCAUCUUCUUAACCACAACACACAAUCAAUAAUGUCUUUCGAUCAAGAAAACCAAGGUUCACGUCGGAACUUCAACGACGACGCAAACUACGACUCCCCAAGCGGCGAUCAACGCACCGUCCCCGGGGGUGACACCACACUCUCUGGUUCCCACGGAGGCAGCGGCAGCGGCCAAGCUGGUGGCUACACAGGAAGCGAACGCCGCGCUGGUAGGCAAGGCCAGCAGGGUUUAGAUGAAGGCGAUGAGUACUGCGACACGGACCCUGGAAUGGCUGGUAAUCGCGGCGCUCAGGACGUGAAUAUCCCUGGAGUUGGUGGCGAAAAUGACAGUGCCUAUGGCCAGAGCAUUGGUGGCGAUGGCCGUAGUCGCGGGUACGAGCGCGACACUGAUGAAUAUGAUGAUUCUGGCAUUGGGAGUGGUCAAGGUCAGGGCACCGGUCGUGGUCCAACGGGCAAAUUGUCUUCCAUGAGUUCCAAAUUGAUGGGUUGGUCUUUCUUCAUCUGGAUUCGCAAUUAUACUCAUCUUAGUGUUCAGGCGGAAUGGAGAAGAUGGCUGGAAAACUUUCUCAUGACCCCGAACGCGAGGCCAAGGGCGAGCAGCGCAAGGUACGUCGUGAUUUAUUGUUGUUCAGGAUGGGAUGGCUUAUGAUUUCGUAGACCGGCCUCUAGGCUACCCCA